AAACUCUUGACUUUUUAUCUGCAUCUUUUGUAUUCUGAUAUCAUUUUCAAGAUUUCUUUCUUUUCUAUAUUGUUGGUGGCUUCCAUGUCAGAGAGACAAAGGGUAAUGAUCAGCAUGUCAACAGGUCAAAGGACUGGCUCUGAUCUGGUCUACUGGUUGAAUUUGGAGAGCAUCGUCAGCUCAGGCAUCUCACUAGAAAAGGAACAAUUUCAGCCACACCAAAUGACAAGAGCAUAAGAACGAGCGACCCACUCCUUCCUCAGAAAGUUAAGAGGUCGUCCUAUCUCUCUUUGUAUAUAAAUCACCCUCCUCUCUCUUCUCUGUGUCAUGCACUUGCAAAGAAUUGAGAAUAUCCUCUAAAUUUGGCCAUGGAAAUUCAUUUCCAAAGGCAAGACCAUUAUCUUCAUCAGCAGCAGCCACAGCAGAAACCACUCUCGCCCAUCAGGAAAACCAAGUUCAAAUCCACACCCUCCAACAACACAGCCAAGAGCAAGUUUGUAGGAGUCAGACAGAGGCCUUCAGGGAAAUGGGUGGCCGAAAUUAAGGACACGACCCAGAAGAUCAGAAUGUGGCUCGGCACCUUCGACACCGCCGAGGAAGCUGCAAGGGCCUAUGAUGAGGCCGCAUGUCUCCUCCGUGGUUCCAACACGAGGACCAACUUCUCCCCUCAUCUCCCUACCAAUUCUGCUCUUUCCCUCAAGAUCAGGAACCUCUUGAAUCAGAAAAUCAGUUCGCGAUGGGACCGGCCCGUCAUUUCGCCUCCCAAUUCGAAUUCCACCAAAAAACCCGCUUCACGGACCAAUUCAACUACUAGCACAAGCAGCAUGAUCAGCCUCAGCACUGUCACCAAUGUGUACACAAGUAGUGACAGUGAUUGCUCCUUCUACAGUGGGAUGAUGCAAGAUGCCCAGAUUUUCGACGAUGCCUACAGACCGGAUUUGAGCAGCUGCCUAGCGAGCCUCGGAUCGACACCUAUGUCUCAAUACAACCAUUCAUGGGCAUUCGCCUCCGGCCUGGAUCAGCUCCCUUUAGUCCAAGAGGACGGAUUGCCGAAGCACGGGCCAUAUGCUUCCACAACUGAUUUGGAGCUCUCAGAGUUUGAACGUAUGAAAGUGGAGAGGCAGAUUUCUGCUUCACUUUACGCGAUUAAUGGACUCAACGAGUACUUGGAGAACACGUACAAUUCGAACGAAACUAUGUGGGAUCUUCCCACAUUGAGCCAAUUGUUCUGUCAGAGUUGAAACAGAGAGAUCUAUCUUUCAAUGCUGUUCUCUUCCAUUCCAUGGACCUUACUAUGUGUUAGGUAGAUUCUGUCAA